AUGUCAACAAGCUUAUUAGGAUAUAAUAUGCCAUCACCAAUAAUUGUCGCUCCUACAGGGUCACACAAAUUAGCAAAUCCAGAAGGGGAGGUGGCCACAGCAAGAGCUGCCGCAGCAUGUAACACCAUAAUGGUGCUUUCCUUCUCAUCAAGCUGCAGAAUCGAGGAGGUUGCCUCCAGUUGCGAUGCCAUUCGCUUUUAUCAGCUAUAUGUGUACAAGAGAAGGGAUGUUUCGGCAACAUUGGUACACCGGGCUGAGAGUUUAGGAUUCAGGGCAAUUGUUUUGACAGUUGACACGCCUGUGCUUGGCAGGCGUGAAGCUGAUAUCAGAAACAAGAUGAUUGCUCCACAGUUGUCAAACCUGGAAGGUUUAAUGUCAUUAGACGACUUUGAUGCUGGUGAAGGCGGCUCCAAGCUGGAACGAUUCGCACGGGAAACGCUGGAUCCAUCAUUGUCAUGGAAGGACGUGGAGUGGCUCAAGUCCAUCACCAGCCUGCCGAUCCUGCUCAAGGGCAUCGUCACCGCCGAAGACGCGAGGAAGGCCGUAGAGGCAGGGGCGGCCGGCGUGAUCGUGUCCAACCACGGCGCCCGGCAGCUGGACUAUGCGCCGGCCACCAUCUCGGUGCUCGAAGAGGUGGUUAAGGCGGUGGCGGGGGCCGUGCCGGUGCUGGUGGACGGCGGCGUCCGGCGGGGCACCGACGUGUUGAAGGCGCUGGCGCUGGGCGCCAAGGCAGUCAUGGUGGGGAGGCCAGUGUUCUACGGGCUGGCGGCGCGCGGGGAAGCCGGCGCGAGGCACGUGAUCGAGAUGCUGAACAAAGAGCUGGAGCUGGCCAUGGCGCUCUGCGGCUGCCGGAGCAUCGCGGAGGUCACCAGGGCGCACGUCCAGACCGAGGGCGACCGGAUCAGGGCCCUGCUGUGA